CUCGGUGCGGGGCGAGGAGCGGCGGGAGCCCGACCGCGGGAUGCUGGCGGGGCCACCUGCCCGCCCGGCGAUGGGGCGGCGCGGGGGGGUCGGGAGACGGCGGCGGGGAAGGGCCCGGGGCGGCUGAGGCGGAGCGGAGUGGGACAGGACGGAGACGCGGCCGCCGGCGCUGAGCGGGAGACUGGGGGCAGGGCUGUCCCGGAGGAUUGCCGUGGGGCGAGAGAAUGAAGAAGCCGGCUGGGCAGCAGCAGGAUGGGGCGGCAGGACCUCCCGCGUGCUGACGGGCCCCCGCCGAUGCUCCCGUGGCCUCUGGCCCUCCUGGCCCUGAGCGUGUGCUGCCGCUGGGGAGUGGCCAGUGGGGCGGGCGGCACAGUGUCCCAGCAGCAUGCUGCCCCUGCGACCCCUUCCUCCUCCUCCUCAUCCUCUUCCUCGGGCCGGGCACCCCUCGACUGGCUCCUCACCGACCGGGGACCCUUCCACCGAGCCCAGGAGUAUGUGGACUUCAUGGAGCGCUACCGCCAGGGUUUCACCACCAGGUACAGGAUCUACAGAGAGUUUGCUCGCUGGAAAGUGAAUAACUUGGCAUUGGAGAGGAAAGACUUCUUCAGCCUGCCGCUUCCCCUGGCCCCUGAAUUCAUCCGCAACAUCCGUCUGCUGGGACGCCGGCCCAGCCCCCAGCAGAUCACCGACAGCCUCAUCAAAAAGUAUGGGACCCACUUCUUGCUCGCUGCCACGCUGGGAGGAGAGGAGUCCUUGACCAUUUUUGUGGACAAGCGCAAGCUGAGCCGGAGGGCAGAGCCCCUUGGGGCCGCUGGGAACAGCUCGGGGGUCUCACUGGAGACCCUGCACCAGCUGGCAGCCUCCUACUUCAUCGACCGGGAAAGCACUCUGCGCCGGCUCCACCACAUCCAGAUCGCCACAGCUGCCAUCAAGGUGACCGAAACGCGGACGGGGCCACUCGGCUGCAGCAACUAUGACAACCUGGAUUCAGUGAGCUCGGUUCUGGUGCAGAGCCCUGAGAACAAAGUGCAGCUCCAAGGGCUGCAGACGGUGCUCCCCUCCUACCUGCGGGAGCGGUUUGUGGUGGCCGCCCUCAGCUACAUCGCCUGCAGCUCGGCCGGGGAGCUUGUGUGCCGCCGGAGCGACUGCCGCUGCCAGUGCCAGCCCACCUUCCCCCGCUGCAACUGCCCCGAGGCUGAUGUCCAGGCACUGGAGAGCAGCCUGGCCCAGCUCCGGCGAGCCUGGGAGAGCCACCACGGCCAGUUUGAGGAGUCAGAGGAGUUUCAGGCCCUGGUGAAGAGGCUCCCUGGGGACCGUUUCCUGAACAGGACGGCCAUCUCCCACUUCUGGGCCAUGGACCUGGACAUCCAGCAUCGCUACCAGCAGCUGGGCACCAGCCUGAAGCUGCUCUCCAGGAAAACCCACCGACUCAUCCGGCGGCUCUUCAACCUCAGCAAACGCUGCCACCGGCAACCUCGCUUCACAAUGCCAAAAGAGAGGUCCCUCCCUUACUGGUGGAGUCGUGCGCAAUCACUCCUGUACUGCAGCGAGACCACCGUGCCUGGGACCUUCCUGGAAGAAAGUCACAGCUGCACAUGUCCCUCCGACCAGCCCUCCUGCCAGGGGUCCAUACCGUGUGCCUUGGGCGAGGGGCCAGCCUGCGCCAGCUGUGCUGAGGACAACAGCACCCGCUGUGGGACCUGCAACCACGGCUACGUGCUCAGCCAGGGUUUCUGCCGCCCCGAGGUGGCUGACUCGCUGGAGCACUACCUGGGGUUGGAGACGGACCUGCAGGACUUGGAGCUGAAGUACCUCCUGCAGAAACGGGACAGCCGUAUCGAGGUGCACUCCAUCUUCAUCAGCAAUGACAUGCGCCUGGGGAGCUGGUUCGACCCUUCCUGGAGGAAACGCAUGCUCUUGACCCUGAAGAGCAACAAAUACAAGCCUGGGCUGGUUCAUGUGAUGUUGGCCCUCUCCUUGCAGAUCUGCCUCACCAAGAACAGCACACUGGAGCCUGUCAUGGCCAUCUACGUUAACCCGUUUGGGGGAAGCCACUCGGAGAGCUGGUUCAUGCCCGUCAACGAGGGCAGCUUCCCAGACUGGGAAAGGACUAACGUAGAUGCUUCUGCCCAGUGCCAAAACUGGACACUUACCUUGGGCAACAAGUGGAAGACCUUCUUUGAAACGGUCCACGUCUACUUGCGGAGCCGCAUCAAGUCUCUGGAUGACAGUUCCAAUGAGACAAUCUACUAUGAACCCCUGGAGAUGGCAGAUCCCUCCAAGAACCUGGGAUACAUGAAAAUCAACAGCUUGCAAGUCUUCGGCUACAGCCUGCCCUUUGAACCAGAUGCUAUUCGUGACCUGAUCCUUCAACUGGACUACCCCUAUACCCAGGGUUCCCAGGACUCAGCCAUGCUCCAGCUGCUGGAGAUCAGGGACCGGGUGAACAGGUUGUCACCCCCUGGCAAAACCCACCUUGACCUCUUCACUUGCUUGCUCCGCCACAGGCUUAAGUUGGCCAACAAUGAGGUGGCGAGGAUCCAGUCCUCCUUGAGGGCCUUCAACGCCAAGCUGCCCAAUGCAGUAGAGCAGGAGACCAGCAAACUCUGCAGCUAACAGCUAGGGCUGCUCAGAUCUUGGAGCGAGGGGGCCAAGAGAAAGGACUCCUCAGAGGGGGGGAAAAAUAUAACCACCCUAAAAAAUUAAAUCAAGGCCUUACCUUAGUGCCAACUGCGUGCUUCCAUGGUACACCCAGCGACCAGCCAAAGAGACGCAGGGCUUGAGCAGGUGGAGGACGCCAGUGGGACUAUGGAGGAGGGAUGGCUCAUGCAGCACAGACUUGGCUCCAAGUGCGGGGACGAUGCCAGCGCAGCCACCCUGUGGCACAGCUUUUGCUCAAGAGUUGGUGUCUGGGGGUAUGUGCCAAUGGCCAGGGGGGAUGCGGCUCAGUCAGAGGCAGCUGCUGGCCCUGCUGGAGCAGAUGCUUAACUCACCAUGAGGAUCUUCCAGUGGUGGUCUCCUAGGUGCCCCAAUUUUUGUAGUCUUUUUAAGAGAGGUUUCUACCAGCACCUUUGAUUCCGCAUCCCCCCUGACCCUUCCUGUGGCCAUGCCCUCACACACAGCAUGGGGGGACCACGCUGCAGGCUUCUGAGAUGCAGUAGAUCUCUCUUGGCAACUCUUCACGAGCAUCUCGUGCCUGUCACAAGGCAUCAUCACCCUUGCAUGGGGAGGACCUGGCAUCUGACCUGUGGACGCUGCUGUCACCCACACCGGCGGAGACCUCUGGGCCGCAAUUCCUUACAAAAAAACCCCCCAAAACCUAAAACAAAAGGAAGGAACAAAAAGGAAAAAAAUAAUGUUUUAUUUAUGUAUUUAUUUAUUUCUUUUGUUUGGGAGUGGUUUUUUAAAGCCCAUUUAUUUGGGGAUGGUCA